CUAUAUUGCAAGAUAGCAUGAGCAUUGAUGUGUUUUACCGGGAAUGAAGGUUAUGUUCACGUGUUUAUCUUGUAUUUCCUUCGUAAUAAAUAAAUGUUUAAAGUAAAAAAUUGAAAUUUUCUCACCUAUGGGUGAAUGUUUUGUUAAGCAUUCGGAAGUGACACUUUUCGUACACGAUCGUGCUCCAAUUCUCAAAAGACGAGAAAAAUUCACGAGAGAUGCCAUGUUAAAUUUCGGAGCAACACAGACACUCUCGUCUGCUAUUCCAUGUAAAUAAACUUCUUCAAACGAAAGCAAUUCGGUUGGAUACUCGUGUUUUGCGAUAAAUAUUAAGUAUUCAAAUUAUUCAUUCGGAUCGGAGGUUAUGUGGAGAUAGUCAAUAUAAUAAUUACUUGAAAAAAUAACUCAGCUAUGUUGUCAUUUAUCGAAGUUUAAUUAAGAAAUAGGAAUUUUUUGUAAUUACAAUGAUCCAAAAUCUGGCUUUUCGUUUCCAACGACUGACGUUAAGUAACAAAUCCAUUUCUGGAGUGUUUGGGACUUUACAACAUGUUCAACAAAAGCAAUGUACGCAACAAAAUAACAUACAUAUAUCGGCAAUAAAUGCAGAAAAAGAAGAGGACACAAAAGGAUUUCUUCGUCAUAAUAAGAAAUUCUUUCCAUUACUAGGUCCUAAUGAAGAAAGAAGACCCGCUUAUGUCUGUCAUAAAAAAAGUAACAUAAGAUAUACACCUAAGAAGAUGUUGUAUGUGGCCUGGUUAGUAAGAGGAAUGACAGUAGAUGAAGCAAUCAAGCAAUUAAGUUUUAAUCUUAAAAAAGGUGCAGCAAUAGUAAAAGAAACUAUAUUAGAGGCACAAAAAUUAGCAGUAGAAGAACACAAUGUUGAAUUCAAAAGUAAUUUAUGGGUUGCGGAAUCAUUUUGUACAAAAGGGUAUGUAAUAAAAGGAUUGAGACGACAUGCUAAAGGAAGAACCGGAGAAAUAAGAUAUACUUUCUGUCAUUAUUACGUUCGUCUUGAAGAAGGAAAACCUCCAAAAGAUUAUUAUAAACUUAAUCCUAAGUCCUCUGAUGAAUUAUUAGAAGAUUGGAAAUCACAAAUGCGAAAACGCAAGGUUUACAACUCUUUGUAAUGUGUAUAUUUUGUAAGAAAAUAAAAUGUUGAUAUCUUUAAA